GGUUGCUGGCAAAGUAGACGCGUUCUAUCCUUCCGACUCGAAACGAUAAAUUUUUCAUAGUCGUAUUCUUACUUAUAAACCACAGCGAAAAUUCAUUUCUAAACAGAAAUGUCCGGGGAAAUGGAAAACCUGAACCAGUACGCCACCCGAAAGACCACGGUGGAAGGUUUUAUUGACACCAGCCUGUUCACCAGUAACGUCUCCGUGCUGUUGUCGAUCACCAGGUCACCGAACGGCGUCGACACGGGCGAAGAGAUUGCAGAGAUGGUGUUAGUCUCCAUCUGCAUGCUGCUUCAAGUGGCUCUGAUGGGCAUAUUCGUCUAUCAGGGGUCCAAAAACAUCGAAAAGCUGGGAAACAAGCCUACAGAAGACAUCAGUACCAGUUCUACCAGGUCUGAAAGUGCAAAGCGUAGGCGCGCAUGGGAGAUUGAGGAUGAGAUUGAGAAAGAAAGGAGUGAAGAAGACCGUAAUCUCGACAAGACGAAUACAGCUGCCACCAUCCUGACCGCUGCGCUCGUGUUAUUUGAAAUCGUCAUCCUUGGAUUGCUGUCGGAAAACCAGGCUUGAAUGCCGCUAGAAACGGUGUCUGUACAUAAGCUAGACACUUGCUUAAGAGCCUGAUUACCGAAUGUAUGUUGUUCAUGACGCCGUGCGGUGACAUGUUCCUUUUUAGUGUUGUUGUUGUUUGCCAUUGGUUGUUCAUGUGUCUCAACAAAUGAAAAUAAUGUCGUGUUUUCUAUUGCUUCGAUCCAGCGCAAAAUUGUACUGUUGGUUGCGACUUUUACUUGAGUUACCUGUGUGUAAUGUCUACUCUUUGAUCAUGUGUGUGAAACUUUCAACAUCUGGACGAUCUGUUUAUUGCAGUUGUUGGUUGAUUUGUUAAUAGUCCAGAAAAAAGAAUUUGGAACAAACCUUACGUACUAUACAUGUAACUACAUUUUGGGACAGAUCUGAAACAAGAACUUUGUAAAAAGGAAUUUUUCAUUAGUGAAAUGUUCAUCAAUUUUACCAGCGCCUUUCGUUUUGAACAACUUGUACAUAUUCCAAUCAUGUACUUAUUAUUAUCGCAAAAAUAACAAGGACAUAUAUUAUAACUAUAAGAGAUAUAGACACUAUAAAUAAUCGUUUAUGGUAUAUGGCAAUUUGUUAGUGCUUUAUGCACCCCCAAUUCUGUUCAGUUUAGAAUGUGUGGGAUUGAUCGUUCGUGGGUCCCAAGAAAUGACAAAAUUAUCUUGUAGGUUUUUGCUAUCGCUUUGGUCCAGUGUAAAACGUGUUUAGUUACCUGUGUAAAAUAAAUCUAUCAUGUGUGUGAAAAUGUCAA